UCUCCACUUUUUGCAGGUAGCCGAAAAUGGAAAUUCCAGAAAGAGUCGAAAAUCCUGCAUCCCAAAAACCAGUCUCAGUUCAGUUUGGAUUUCGAAGCGAGCGGAUCGAAGACGAGCGGCGGAAUAAGAACAAGUUAGGAGUUUCUGGCAAAAAUGAGCGGUGAGGAAUCUGCCGGCAUGGACUUUUCGCAGAAGACCCUGCAGGACUACGAGGUGCUGGCCGUGAUGGGCAACGGGUCCUUCGGCACCUGCUACAAGGUGCGGGACAAGAGCACCGGCGAGCUGUUCGCCUGGAAGGGCAUGAACUACGACGAGCUGGACGAGGCCAAGUGCGAGGCCCUGGUCUCCGAGAUCAGCGUUCUGCGCCAGCUCCAGCACCCGAAUAUUGUGCAGUACUACCACCACCUGGUCAAUCGGGAGGCCAAGUCGGUGUACAUAGUGAUGGAGUGCUGCGCCGGCGGCGAUCUGGCCCAGAUUGUCCAGCGAGCCAGGGCCCAGAGGCAGCGCUUCGAGGAGCCCUACAUCUGGCGGGUGCUCUUCCAGCUCUGCCGUGCCCUGCAGGUGUGCCACAACAAGAUCCCCAACGGCACCAUCCUGCAUCGCGACAUCAAGCCGGCCAACAUCUUCCUGGACGCGGCUGGCAAUGCCAAGCUGGGGGAUUUCGGUCUGGCCAGGAUGCUGCGACGGGAUCAGAGCUUUGCCGCCUCCUUUGUGGGCACGCCGCACUACAUGAGCCCGGAGCUGGUAAGGGGCAGGAAGUACGACCGGAAGAGCGAUGUCUGGGCCGUGGGCUGCCUGGUCUACGAGAUGUGCGCCCUGCGACCGCCGUUCCGGGGACGAGCCUUCGACCAGCUGUCCGAGAAGAUCGCCCAGGGCGAGUUCAGCCGCAUCCCCGCGGUUUACAGUGCCGAUCUGCAGGAGAUCAUUGCCUUUAUGCUGGCCGUGGAUCACGAACAACGUCCCGGCAUCGAGGUCAUCAUUCGGCAUCCCCUGGUGGUGCGUAAUAUCAGCGAGCUGGAUGGCAAGUUCCCUAGCUUGAUUGAGGCAGGCGAGGAUUUCUAUACGUUGCCCACGGGCGGCAGACUCUUCGAGGACGAGGAGGAGGGGGAGGAGGCGCCGCCUGAGCUAUCCAGCACUUUGUUCACCACACAAUAUAGCUUCAACGAGGGCUAUGGCCAGAGGAGGCUCAGUGUCACUGGUGUUUUCACCCCCGAUCUGAGGAGUGAGCUUUUCUAUUCCGCCAAGCGAAAGAUCUUUCCCUCCAAGAAGCUGCAGCUAUCGGAUCCCGCCCUAUACGAGAGUAUAAGGAGAGAGGAGCGAGCGGAGGAGAGGCAGGUGGAGCUGGAGGAGGAACGGCGACGCAAGAGGCAGCAGGAGCAGGAGCAGCAGAAGCAGGACCAGGAGCAGCUGAGGAAGGAACAGCCUAGGGAGGCCACUAGCAGUCCGCGGGCCCUCACCCAAAACAUCUUCGAUGAGGUGCUGAAGACCCGCCUCCAUGCCAUUCGCGCCCAGGAAUCCCUGCUGCAGCAAAAACUGGAGGAGCUGCAGGCCCGGGAGCAGGAGCUGCAGCUCGCCGAGCAGCGGGUCCAGGCGCUGGAGCGACAGCUCCAGGAGAAGCUCCUCCAGCAGGAGAAGCCCAACUGCAGCUGCAGACAGCCCAUUGCUCCGCCCAUUCCGCCAAGGAAGCCUGUGAAGUCGCAACACGAUGACACCUACUGCACCAUCGAACUCAACGAAACGUCGCCGACGGUGGCCAAACUCAAUUUGGCCACUCUGCCGGCUCCCAAAUCCCUGAACACUCUGCGCAAGGUCACCUUCCAGUCGCCCAAGAAGUUUGUCACCUACGGAAUCGAGAACAUGCCGCCUCCGGCUCUGGUCAAUCAGGGCCUUAAUCCCCCACAGCCCGCGGCAGUUCCCAUGCAGAUGAGCGUGUCCAGCAAUGAUUCCGGGGACAGCCAGGCCUCCACCACCCGGCGGAAGUCCAUACUCUCCCUCUUCGGCCUGAGUCGCGGUUCCAAGGCGACCUCCAAGUCCCUGCCAGCGGUGAAUCAGGCCACACAGGCUGCUUCAGCUCGGGUACAGCGACCUCCGCUGGCUCUUAAGCCACCAAUCACCCAGGAACAGCCGGCAGCAGCUCCUCCGGUGGCCAAUCUCUGGACCAAGGAGCAAAAGAAACAGGCCUUCGAACUGCUGGCGGCCAUGAACGCGGCGGAGAGGGAGGCCGGAGGAGGAGUGGGCGGAGCAGGCGGAUGCGGACCCGGCGGAGCACGUCGCCAGCAUCUGAGGCAAUCGGUGAGGGAGCGCAACUCCACGCUCCAGCGGAAUCGCAUGCGGCGAUCUCUGGUGGUGGCCAGUGGCCACCAGAAGCUAUCAACGCGCGACCAGAUGGUGAUCUGAGCAGAGCAGACGGAUCUGAGGGGUUGUGGAGUCCAGGAGCCAUGGCAACCAUGGAAACUACGAGCGUUGUGAUGUGGAAUAAGUUCCGAAAUUUACAUAUAUAUUCCUUUUUUUAUACACAAACUUUUUUUUGCCAUAUUUUACAAUUGUAUUAUUAGCAGUAAGCUUUGAACUUUUUUCGCUGCCAUUUAUUGUGCAAUUUGUAUUAGUUAUAAAAUGUGUUUAUGCAGGAUUUUUGCAUUAAAUAAAAAGUAAUAAUAAU